UACAUCCAGAUUAAUUGAAGAGUCUCAAACAAAAUGUAUGCCAUCAAUAGAUUCUGAAAUUAAUAAAAAUAGUUUUAAAUUUCACUAUAUACUUGGAAAAGGAGGUUUUGGUAAAGUUUGGAGAGUUGAAUUGGUGAAAUCAAGAAAACUGUAUGCUAUGAAAGAGAUGAGUAAAGCUAAGUAAGAGAAAUAAAUCUAUUAGGAUUAUGGCUAAAAAGUCAGUCAAUUCUGUAAUGAAUGAACGAAUUCUCUUAUCAUAAUUAAAACACCCUUUUAUAGCAAAUAUUCAUUAUGCUUUUUAGGAUCGUGAACAUUUAUAUUUGAUUAUGGAUUUAUUAUCUGGUGGAGAUCUUAGAUUUCAUAUUGGUAAGAUGAAAAGAUUCAGUGAAUAACAUACAAGUAAUAAAAUAGUUUGAUAAUUUAGAAUUUGUAAUUGCUAGUAUACUUUUAGCUCUUGAUUAUUUACAUUAGAAUGGAAUUAUUCAUAGAGACAUAAAACCUGAAAAUAUUGUAUUGGAUAGAAAUGGUUAUCCAAGAUUGACUGAUUUUGGAAUAGCAAGAAUAAUCAAAUAAGACAAUGCUUAAGAGACAAGUGGAACUCCUGGUUAUAUGGGUACAUAUAUAUUAAAUAUACAUUCAUAGCACCAGAAGUUAUGUUCAGAUUAAAUCAUGGUAUAGGAGUUGAUCAUUUUGCUUUAGGAGUGAUGAUGUACGAAUUUAUGUUUGGUAGACGACCAUAUUUGGGUAAGACAAGGAAAGAUAUAAGAGAUGCUAUUAUUGCAAAAUAGAUACAAUUAAAGAAAGGUGAUCUUCCUUUAGGAUGGUCUUUAGAAGCAGCAGAUCUUAUAAAUUAAUUACUUUCAAGGAAACCUUAGAAUAGAUUAGGAUUUAAUGGUACUUAGGACAUUUAUGGUCAUUAAUGGUUUGCAGGAUUUCCUUGGAAGAGUUUGCAUGAGAAAUAAUUAGCUUCUCCAUUUAAAUUAUCUAAAUGUAGUGAGGAAAAUUAUAUAAGAGAGAUAUCAUCAGAACAUGAUUCAUUAGAAAAAGAAAUUUAAGAGAAUUCAAUUUUAUUAAGAUAAGAAACUAUUUAGAAUUAGUUUUAAAAUUACUCAUAUAUAAAAGAAUAGCAAGUCACAAUUAAGAGAUUUUGA